AGGAACCUGGGAGGGUCUAGAGUCCUCCCUUCAUCUCCACCUGCCAUGAAGCUCUCUUUAACUUCCUUCGGUUUCCUCUUCCUUGGGGCCACCUUUGCCCUGGCUUCUGUUUGCCCAUGUGACUCUGCCCUAUCUUCUAUCCCUUAUUUUGAAAAUAGCAGUAGUAGUAGAGCCUACUGCUGCCUUAAUUACAUAAAUAAAGCAAUUCCAUGCAAGGCCAUAAAAUACUACGAAUGGGCAUCCAGCAAAUGUCCCAAGCCGGCUGUCAUAGUCCACCUAAAGAAGAACAACAAAAAGCUAUGUGCUGACCCCAGCAAAGAAUGGGUCCAGAAGAUCUUGAAGUGUUUUCCACCACCAUCAUAGAGACAACAUCCCUCCUGCUCCUUGCUCCCUCCUCCUUCUCAACAGGAAGAGAACUGGAACCAGGUCUGAAGCUGUUUUGAAUGCCAGAAAAACCAGGCUUCUGC